AUCGGCGUGUCCAUAUAGCUUCCUUCCCUUAUUAUGAAAAAUUCCCCUUCCCCGUCGGACGAGAUGUUGAAGGUCAAGAUCCUCCACCGUUACGACAUCUCGCCGCCGCCGGACUCAGUCCCGGCAACCACUCUCCCUCUUGCCUUCUUGGACAUCCCAUGGCUUCUCUGCUGCCCCAUGCAACGCCUCUUCUUCUACGACUUCCCUGAAUCCCCUUCCUCUUUCGCUCAGACCACACUCCCGCUCCUGGUCCGCUCUCUCUCCCUCUGUCUCCGCCACUUCUUCCCCUUCGCCGCCAGCCUCGUCCUCCCACUGGCUCCGCCCCAGAAACCCCACAUCCUCUACUCCAAUGGCGACUCCCUCUCCUUCACCGUCGCCGAGUCCGCCGCCAACUUCGCGGAGCUAAUCAGUGACGAGCUGCACGGCGCCACGCUGAUACACCCUCUGGUGCCUCAGCUCGCACCGCCGUGUGCAUCCGACGGGGCACGGAUUGGGCCCGUUAUGGCGAUUCAGGUGACUCUGUUUUCAAACAAGGGCAUUUGUAUUGGGGUCCAAUUCCUCCACGUGGUAGCAGAUGGGAGGUCCUUCACUCACUUCAUGAAUUCGUGGGCAUCCAUUCACAGGUCCGGAGGGGACCCCACUUGCAUUGACUCAGACGACCUGAGUCCUUUCCACGACCGAGGAGUGAUCAAAGACCCGAAUGGGCUCGAGCCUAUACUCUUGAAAGACUGGUGGAGUUUGUGGGCCCAAGCCCAAGCUUGAGCCCGAGCCCGAGCCCAACUCCUUUCA